AUGAAUCCCUUCGGCGGCUCAAGCGGUGACGAUUUCUUUGGUGAUGGUGGUGGCAGCGACUUCUUCGGUGGUAUGGGUGGCGGCAUGGGACGCGGUGGCUCAAUGGGAGGCCCAAUGGGAGGUAUGGGUGGCAUGGGUGGCCCGAUGAGAGGGCCGAUGGGUGGUGGUGAGAUGGGACGUGGAGGUCCUAUGGGUCCGAUGGGUGGGAUGAGCGGUGGCAACCCUCGCCGAGGGGGCUACUCAUCUUUCUCCUCCUACGAUUCCUCGCGUCCAGAAGGUCAACAGUUUCAGGAACAUCAUGAGCCUUUCGGCGACAAUGCUCAAAGCGGGUAUAGCCACCAACGAGCUCCACGCAGUGGGGGUGGCGGUAGAGGCUUCAUGUUCUCUGGCCUAACACGCGCAGACAAUCCCUUCCGCCGUCAAGUCGGCGGCAAUCCAGCCGGUGGAUACAAUGCGUCUGCACGAGAGGAGUCUAGCUACCCACAUAUGGGCCGUGAGGGUCCCCAGUACGCUUCGCGGUACGAAGAGUACCCACGUAGUCAUGGUUCGUCUCGUCGCCAACCACCACAGCAAGCCUACUACGAUGAUGAGUCGGACCCCGACGAAGACCCUCGACAGCGUCAGUAUUAUGCUCCUCAGCACCCGUACGGUGGUGGCGGUGCGCGUGGUGGCGGGGAUGGUGGUAGACCAAGUGGUGGACGGCUGUUCAACUAUGAUCGUUUCGGCCGUCGUAACUAA